AUUGGAGAGAUGAACUUCAUGAUGCGUGUAGGAUCAAUUCACUGCAGCCUUGUGUGUUUACUAUGAGAUAACAAGACUUUACCACACACACGGAGCAGAGGCGUUGCGGAAGAAUAGGAAUAGAUGUGAGAUCGCGGUUCAUGUUGAGACAUUAUGAGUGAAAGUGUGUUUGUGAGUUUAACACAAACCGGCGGUUCGGAUCAACGCAACCGUGCGCGAUUUCCAGGAAUCGGCUGAUCCGUUACACCCCGACAUCUUUUACCAGUGUUAAAUUACUUGACAAUUGUUGACCCAUCCACACUGCUAUGAGGGACAUUUGAUCAAGCACAGGAUGGAUCAUUCGGUCAAUAUCUCCAUCUCCACCAGCUGGGAUGGAUCCCCCACUGUCCCACCACCCAGCAUGUCCAUAGAUAAACUAUUCCCAGCUCUGCUUGAAUGUUUUGGGAUCAUACUCUGUGGAUAUGUCGCCGGCCGUGCAAACAUUAUCACGGCUACACAAGCCAAAGGACUGGGCAACUUUGUGUCCAAGUUUGCGCUGCCUGCUCUGCUGUUCAAAAACAUGGUGCUGCUGGACUUUGGAGAUGUAAUCUGGCCGUUUUUCUUCAGUAUUCUGGUGGCUAAAGUGACUGUGUUCUUUUUUGUAAGUGUAUUCACACUUCUGGUGGCAAACAGAGAGAGGCGCUUCUCCAAAGCCGGACUGUUCUCUAUAUUUGCCACACAGAGUAAUGACUUCGCUCUGGGAUUCCCCAUAGUCAAAGCUCUGUACCGAAACACCCAUCCUGAGUAUCUGCAGUACAUCUACCUGGUGGCUCCUGUCUCCCUCAUGGUCUUAAACCCGCUGGGCUUUGCUUUCUGUGAGGUGCAGAGAUGGAGGACUGGUGAACCUCACCAGCACAGCAAGCUGCAUGUGCUGGGUUUGGUGGUCCUUCAAGUUUUCAAGAAUCCUAUUGUGUUUAUGGUGGUGAUCGGAGUCAUUUCUCACUUCCUGCUGGGCCAGAAAAUCCCACCCUUCAUGGAGGAUUUUUUAGAUGGUCUGGCUAACUCAUUUGGAGGAGCAGCGCUGUUUUAUCUUGGUCUGUCCAUGGUGGGUCAGCUGAAGAAGCUCACUCGCUCUACUGUAGUGGCUCUUAUUCUACUCACCACUGCAAAACUGCUGGUGAUGCCUCUGAUCUGUCGAGGGAUGGUUGAGUUUUUGGACUGUGGAAACACCAGCUCAAUGAACCACACCAGUCUGUCAAACUACGCCUUCCUGUAUGGAGUUUUCCCUACAGCUCCUAGUGUGGCCAUAUAUGCAUCCCAUUACAAUAUGGAGCUGGAAGUGGUGACCUCAGGUAUGGUGAUCAGCACAUUUCUCUCUGCUCCCAUCAUGUAUGUGUCUGCCUGGCUGUUGACAAUCCCAUGGAUGGACCCGACGCCGCUAGCAUCAGCGCUACAGAACGUGAGCUUCAACAUCAGCAUUAUCAGCCUCUUUGCUCUGGUGUGGAGUGUUGCAGUCAUGCUACUAAGCAGGAAGUUUCGCAGAAUUCCACAUAUUUUCACCAUAAAUUUGUUGGUGGCACAGUUACUGGCGUGUGUGGGUAUGAUAGUGUGGAACUUUGUAGCAGAGCAGGACAACUUUCUAGGUCAGGUGUUGACCUUUACCCUACUGUACGGCUCUCUCUACAGCACAUAUAUUUGGCCUGGUCUGAUCGCUCUGUCUCUGCUCCUGCUGAGGAGGAAUGAGGAGGUGCAGGUCAGGCCUGGGCUCCUUCUGAUCACUGGCUGGGGUAUUCCUGUGCUGGCCUUGAGUGUCCUUCUCCUAUCAGGGGAAAGAAUGCCAAACACAAUCGACUCAGCAUUCUUUUAUGGAAGUAAACAGGUGAUGUGCACAUCUGUGGUGUUGUUUGUGAGUAUCGUGGUGUGCGGGGUCUCUCUCACUUUACUCAGCAGAGGCACACAGGACUAUCACACACUUGAACACAGAUCAUUUUCUGGUAGUGAGGAGGAUCUGAGACCGUCCUGUGACACAAACACACAGAGCACUAUUGAGCAGCCUUCCACCGCAGGCAGCAUCAAUGCAGAGUGUCAGAUGUGUGAGUGCGAGUGUGCUCGUAGGCAGCCCAUGCCUGACAUGAUCACCAGCACCAAUCCCAUAGAGGAAGCAUCCAUAAAAACAGGUCAAUGUAGUCAGCGAUGUGUAUCCACACACUGUUUGUUGGUUGAAGAGGAGCAGAAGCAGUCAGACAGACAGAACACAGACAUACAGUCAACCAGACAUGUGCUUGUGUGUCUGUUACUCAGUGUCAGUCUGCUCGCUAAUCUCUCCAGCUGUCUCUGGUGGCUGUUUAAUAAAGUUCCCGGCCGGCUGUACCUGGAGCUGCAGUUCUUCUGUGUUGUGGCAAAUUACGGGCAGGGUUUCAUUUCAUUUGCAUUUUUCGGCCUUGAUAAGCAUUUAAUCAUCUCUCCAUUCAAAAAAAGGUUGAUGAGCCUGUGGCAGGGUUGGGGUCAGGGGGUCACAGGCUCUGCUGGUUCAGAGGAGGUCAGGCUGACCUGCAGUCAGUUCCUCACAUAUCAUAAGGAGCAGUGCGUCAGAGAUAUUGUUCGCAAGAAGAGGUGUGGAGAGCGCUGCACCACACAGACAUUUCUGGGCAACGACAUGGCUCGCUGGCUGCAGAGCGUAGGAUUGGCCAGUGACCAGGGGGAGGCGCUAGCGUACGGCUCCCGUCUGCUCGAGGGCGGAGUCAUUCAGCACAUCACCCAUGAGCACAGCUUCCAGGACGAAGUCUUGCACUACCGCUUCACAUAGAGGAGACGAGAUGUUUGCAAAGGCUGGCAAACAGAUAAUGGUUGAUAAAGUGUUUUGGCCAUUGAGCACAAUUCAUCUGAAUUAUUUAUCCUCUGAUCAUAAUUGCAAUAACCAGAUGUGAAAUUAGUUGGUUAAAAUGAUGCUCUUGAACCACAUGACCUUUACCUACCUCACAUACAUGAUGGAAAAGGGACUAUGGGUACCAGCUGUGACAUUUCAUAAGUUUCUGCUGUGUAUAUUAACAAAGAGUGUUGAAUUAAAUUUGGCCCAAAGAUCUUCCUGAAUCUGCCUUUAUUUACCCUUGACAUUUGAACGUUGGACAUUGACAUUUGUAAAUUUGUCUCCUAGAUUGGACUGCCUGACAAACUCAUUUCAAAUUUUAAUAUAAAGGGAUAGUUCACCCAAAAAUGAAAAUUCUCUCAUCAUUUACUCACCCUCAUGCUAUCUCAGAUGUGCAUGAUUUUCUUUCUGCAGAACACAAACGAAGAUUUUUAGUAGAAUAUUUCAACUCUGUUGGUCCAUACAAUGCAAGUGAAUGGUGACCAGAACUUUGAAGCUCAAAAAGAUUAUUAAAACAGCAUAAAAGUAAUCUAUACGACUCCAGUGGUUUAAUCCAUGUCUUCAGAAGCGAUAUAAAGUGUGGGUGAGAAACAGAUCAAUAUUUAAGUCCUUUUUUACUACAAAUCUCCACUUUCACUUUCUUAUGUUUUUGGUGAUUCACAUUCUUCAUGCAUAUCGCCACCUACUGGGCAGGGAGGAGAAUUUAUAGUGAAAAAGGACUUAAAUAUUGAUCUGUUUCUAACCUACACCUAUCAUAUCCCUUCUGAAGAUAUGGAUUUAACCACUGGAGUCAUAUGGAUUACUUUUAUGCUGCCUUUAUAUGCUUUUUGGAGCUUUAAAGUUCUGGCCACCAUUCACUUGCAUUGAAUGGACCAACAGAGCUGAAAUAUUCUUCUAAAAAUCUUUGUGUUAAGCAGAGGAAAGAAAGUCAUAUACAUACUGGCAUGGCAUGAGGGUGAGUAAAUGAUGAGAGAAUUUUCAUUUUUGGGUGAACUAUCCUUUUAAUAAUGUAUGACUAAAACUUUUCUCAUGGUACUGCCUAUAUCAACAUUAUAGCCUUUUCUUUCAUGAAGGCUCUUAUUAAACAAGAAAUAUAACCAUAAUUUAUGAUGAGUACUUUCUUAAUCUGAAUUUAACCAAAAGCAUCAAACAGCUAAUCCAGAACCCAGUUUUAAUUCAACCAAAAGGCCAGUCAGAAAUAUUUGAAAGAAUUGAAUCAGGUUUAAUAACAAUGUGUAAUGAAAUUAUUUUGGUUUUUGCUCGUUUAAUCAUUUCAAGAGUGGGUUGUUAGUACAUUGUUUUCAUGUAUUCAGUCCUUCCAGUUUGUACAAUAAAACAUUUCUCAACCUGAA